UUUUUCCUGUUUACAUCAGAAGCCUGCGAGCUAACGCACAGAAAUAAUCGGCUACAGGAUUACUGACAUAAUGCCUGAUAGCUGAUGAGUUUCAUACAUUAAUCGUUGCUUCCUGCUGUUUUUUGGGGGGGGAGUUGCCAUGGUUUCGGUUUGCCGGUGUUGUCUUUGGUUGCCUUCACAGCUUCUCCUCCUCCUCCUGCUGUUGCUGCGGUGGCCCGGGCUGCUGGUGGCCGCAGAUCAGCUUGCUUUGGUGGAGGUUUUCCUGGAGCAGCAGCCCGCUGCAAGCGCCCUUCUCCGGGGGGAGGUGGUGGAGUCCGGCAGAGGCAGCAGGAGCUCAGAGAGCAGAAACGAGGAGCUGGAAGGGAACCUGGUGUUGGUUCGAGAUGAUGAGACGCAGCAAAGCAGCGGAGGAGGAGAUGAGGACAACAGCAACCAGCAGGAGCCUUGGAUCGGGGUUGUACCCAUGGAGAUGGAUGACAGCAAAGCCUCCACUGGGAACCAGGAGUCGUUUGCAGAUGCAGUGGUCAAUAAGAUGAAGCGGGCUUUGGUCCUUGGAGCAUCAGCACUGAUCAUCUUGGCUCUCAACCAGAACACAGUCAGCGAGAUGGAUUUGUCUCAGGUUCUCUCCAAGCCCAUCAUAGUGAUCCAGACAUCGGAAAAUGUCACCAAGCUGAUUGGAGCUCUGCUAAGGGGUCUACGGGCGACGGCAAAAAUCACAUAUGAGACGAUCCUACAGGACAACUUGGGAGCCACGCUCACCCUGUGGUCCAGCUGCGGCAGAUCGAGGGGAGGUGUGUACGGAGAGUGGCAGGGGGUCAUCUGCACGGGAGAGACCAACUCUCAGGUCCAGAAGUACUUGCAGCAGCUGUGGGACACCGUCCUCCUGGUGGCUCUGAUCCUCUGUACCGGAGUCAUUGUCCAGGCUCGCUGGCAGUAUCAGGUCAACCAGCUGAACGACAACUCAGAGCUUCUUCCCAAGCAGGACAUUCUGAAGAGAAUGUCGUCUCUGAAAACCAAAACAUACCGUCGGCCCAAACCCUGGUGCAACCCGGCCCAGCAGACAGAGGCGGAGAACUGUGCCGUCUGCCUGGAGCCGUUCAACAACAACCAGUGUCUGCGGGUGCUGCCGUGUCUACAUGAGUACCACAGGGAUUGCAUCGACCCCUGGCUGCUACUGCAGCACACCUGCCCUCUGUGCAAACGCAGCAUCCUCAACAGCGUCUGCAGAGACAGUUAACGGCCGUUUCACCUCCUGCAUACGCUCCAAACUGACCUCAUCCCAACUCUUCCUCCUUCCGGCUCCGCAGCCUGGCAGCAGAUCCAACCUUAAAGCAGCAGCUGAUCGGCCUCAUCCAAGCUGGCGGUAGAAAACGUCGUGUCAUGAAGUAGUGUGAUGAUACUGUUGUGCUCUCCCUGGGAACGUCUGUUACUUUAAAAACGUGGGGAUUAUUUCCAGAAGUGAUCAUGUGAGUCGUUUCAGUCCAGACUGGUGAACAUUUAAUGUGUACAAACAGAAAACCUCUGUGUGUUUAUUUGCUUCAUGGACAGACUGUUGCUGUUCUCCUUAGCUCCUAAACGGACGUUAACACCUGGGCGAUCAGAGUGACCCAGUUGGCUGCUUUGAUUCUGUUAUCACCUUGACUUUGUGUGCUUUUUAUUUCCCUUCCAUACUUUAAAAUGGGCACUUCUGUUCAGAUGUUUACAUACAUCAUGGAACGUCUUUCUUCCAGAGUGAAAAGAUUAACUUAUUGAUAUUGCUUAAACAUACUGGAACAAGUCACUAAUUUUGGGCUAAAUCUCCCAUAAAAAGAUUGUGCAGUCAGCAAGUUUAAGAAAAAAUUACAGAAAUUGAUUGGUUUCCUAAUCCAUCUUCCAAAGAGUCUAAAAGAAUUCUAAUUUUUCACAUAUAUGCUCAGUGUUGGCCUGAUUAUUUCUGUGCGGAAGCAGUUUUGAUAGGACCUGUGCCCAAUAGAAGAAACUAAUUAUUUCUAGGUUAAAACAAUAUGAGCCAAACUGUCCCAAUCAGUUAUUUGGAACCGGAUCAGGGUGAUCUAGAAAGACUAAGAACGAGGAGAACUCUAGUGUCACCACCAACGAUGAAGCACAUCUCAGUUUCCACCUGGAAAAUAGCCACCUUAAAACAAACUGUUCAAGAUGAGAUUAAAUUCUUUCUAAUAAGCCAUUUUCAAUCAACCUCAAGAUGAAAGGUUCAGGACAUAAGCUUCACCUCAACAAUAAAUGUGAAAGGAGGAGCUGGUGGAUGGGUUUCCAACCUGUGAGAACUGUAGCAACUUUGAAGCAUGGUGGGGGUCACGUCAUGCUAUGGUACUUUCUUGCUCUUGGUGGUCCUCUUGCAUUGCAAAAGGUUGGUGGAUUGAAAAAGAAACACCUUUAAAUUCAUCUCUAAUCAUCAGAUAGAUAAUCUUGGCUGACACAUGAAGACAGCUUCCAGGAAGCAGGCUCGGUAAUACUUUAAUGAUGGGUGAAGUUUGUUUGAAAGUCCAGUUAAUGGCAUGAAGCUUGUUUACGGCUCAAAAAAAAAAAAAAACAUACGGACCAAGUGUGACCUGCUAUACAUUUAUCCAAACUUUCCUUUGGGUUCUACUAUCUCAGCCUUUCUGAACAGCAUAUUUUUGACCCCAUUUGGAUUAUAACAUACAAAAUAUUUCUAUCUGGUUGUCUGCUCAUUCCACUCUGGAAAAAAAAAAAAAGGCCCAAACAAGUUAGUAUGGACUGUUAGUGGUGUUGGUAACAGUUACUUCUGGAUGGACUAAUGUUGGAUGGAGGGAACACAGACCAUAAGAUGUGAAACAGAGUUCUCCUUUUUGUUGAGAUGAAAGACAUGCGGUCAAUCGCUGCCUGACAGCCUUUAACCACUACUUAUUUAAUAUUAAAUUGUAAUUCUUAAAAAUUAACAUAUUUUUAUAUUUAUUCUUUUAACUUUGACAUUUUCACGUAUUUUAUCACUGAUCAAAUGCCUAACAACCUAAGGAGGGAUUUUAGCAGCAGGAAAAAGAAUUUGCUUUCUCUGAGGUAAAUUUUUAGAAGAAUAAACUGACAGGUAAAUAGGCGUUUUAAGACCACUAAGGUGACGCUGUAGGCAGAAAAUCUGCAUCUUAAUACGACAUGCAGUUUACCUUUAAAAUCUGGUAUUUGGAACUAAGUAGAGUAGAUAACAGCAUCAUUGUGCAACACAGCAUAAGCGCUGGGAUGAAGCUGAAAAGGCUCUGAAAAUUAGCCCAAAAAUGUCCAAAAGCAAUUGGGAAGAAAAAAUUACAAUCCCUAUGGGUCUGUAUUAUUAACUGCUUUUACAUAGAUUCAAAAAGAAUUUAAAAUAUUAAAAAAAAAUUAUGUUAAGAAGCUGAAACAGCAGUUAAAAUCCAAAGAAUUUGAAAAGUUUUUAAGGAGUGUCAGUGUCUGAACGCAUCACUUCAGGCUGAAGAUUCUUGCUCAUCACUGUAAACUUUAGGAGUUAAAGUCUGUGCAGUAAGGAGACAUUGAUGAGUUAUGCACGCCCCCUGUUGGUGAUAUUUAUAUGCAGAUAUUUGCCAGAUAUUUGACCAAAUAUCCACUUAAAUUAAAAGCGCUAAUAAUCAGUCCAGGGAGGUUUCUGCUCCCUGAACAGUGGAAUACAGAGGUUCUUCAUCUGUUCACUGCUUACAGUCUUCCUAAAAGCUGCAUUUUAACCAGGCAGGCACUUUAUGCUUGAUGGGAUCAAUGUGUUUCAUGCAGGGUGGUAUAAUUUAGCAGGGUCUGAUUUGUCCAAAGUUUAGCAGGACUCUAAACUCUGAUUUCACCUGCUGCAGAAGAAUUCACUACAAAGACAUUUUUUUUUUUAUAUAUAUAUAUAUGCAUUUUUUCACAAACGAGUCAAACUAGAAGGAUGUCAAAACCACUGCAUU